GACCUCACUUCGCAGUUUUUGUCAAAAGUCCUUCAGCCUUUACAACCGAAGACCUGUCUUUCUAGGUUGGGCGAACUCCUUUGCUAGUUAAAAGCUUUCUGUGUGUUUAAAAGGGGGAGGGAUCCUGUCAAAUGAGCCAUAAAGCAUAGGCUGAAGAAACGUGAAGUCCCACCCACUUUCUGUGACGUCCUGAGCCCCGGUUUCUGAUUGCCCGCUUCAGACGUCAAUCGCGGGGCGUGUGUCUUGCUGGGACACAGUGGAGGUCUACCCUCUGGUUUGCGGGGCGGUCGGGUGUAUUCUCCGCACACCCCCCCUCGCGCUCCAGGCCCUGUCGCCCAACCCAACCGUGGAGCUGGCUAGUGCCUCCGCCGCGCCCUCCCGCACCGGAUCGCUCCUCGCUGGGGCGGGACCUGGCUCCUGUCACUAUGAGUGAAACAUCUUUCAACCUAAUAUCAGAAAAAUGUGACAUUCUGUCCAUUCUUCGGGAUCACCCUGAAAACAGGAUUUACCAGCGGAAAAUCCAGGAACUCAGCAAAAGGUUCACCUCGAUCCGUAAGACCAAAGGGGAUGGGAACUGCUUCUACAGGGCCUUGGGCUAUUCCUACCUGGAGUCCCUGCUGGGGAGAAGCAGGGAGAUCCUCAGGUUCAAGGAGCGUGUACUGCAGACCCCAAAUGACCUUCUGGCAGCCGGCUUUGAGGAGCACAAGUUCCGCAACUUCUUCAAUGCUUUUUACAGUGUGGUGGAGCUGGUGGAGAAGGACGGCUCGGUGUCCAGCCUGCUGAAAGUGUUCAAUGACCAGAGCACCUCGGACCACAUCGUGCAGUUCCUGCGCCUGCUCACCUCCGCCUUCAUCAAGAACCGGGCAGACUUCUUCCGGCACUUCAUCGACGAGGAGAUGGACAUCAAAGACUUCUGUGCUCACGAAGUAGAGCCCAUGGCCAUGGAGUGUGACCACAUCCAGAUCACGGCCCUGUCACAGGCACUGAACAUCGCCCUGCAGGUGGAAUACGUGGACGAGAUGGACACCGCACUGAACCACCACGUGUUCCCCGAGGCGGCCAGCCCUUCCGUUUACCUGCUCUAUAAAACAUCCCACUACAACAUCCUUUAUGCAGCCGAUAAACGUUGAUUGAUUUGGGGCCAAGCAGUAGAGCCUGUCACCUAACGGGACUGCAUUCUGAAUGGAACAUUACGGCUUUUCAGUUUUUUAAGCGAUUUAACCUGUAGCUAGAAAACGUUCAGCCUGUGGGCAAAGCCACUGGGAAUAAGGCCUACCCGUUAUGGACUGUGGUAACUUGGUGAUACUAUUUAUUUUGAUGAAGGAUCAAAUGCUUUCAAACUCUGGGAUGGGAAGCCAAGGGCCCUGGCUCUGCUCCUGGUUCCCCGUGAGACUUUGGGUAGGUCACCUCUGUGGGCCCGUUUCUUCGUCUGGAGAUGGUUCCUGCCCAGUACUGACUUUCAAUUGUUGUAGGGAAAUGUGGUUUCUCUUCGCCAGGUGCAGGGCCUCUCCAGAGGGGAGGAAGGCGAAAGGUCACAUCUGACUCAGGUGACUUAGCAGUUCCACGGUAAGGAAUCGAGUCCAGUCAGUUGGACUGGACUUCGGUGGAUGUGACUGAAGUGUUGGCCUGUUGAGGCUAACUUGAGUAUGGAGGAUUCAGUGUGGAACCAGACAUCCAUGAUGGGAGUAAGUUUUCUUAUCCCCAGCUUAAGAAAAAAGACAGGCUUUUGGGCCAAAGUCCAGAAGAGGCCCGUGGCCUUCAGCAUGAAGCUCAUGUUGUUGGGAGCCCAGGCAGAAGGGGCCCCCUCCACCUCUCACAGGGCCAGGACUGCGUGGCUUUUGGAGGACAGGCCCUUCGGAGUUCGUCAGCCCCACCUGACACAGGCUUGACAGAGUGGGGUCUGGUCCAAAAUCUUAACAUUUAUCUCUGGAACUGGGAAGCUGCAGUUGUCCCAUCAUCCCCAACAAGUCCUAGGAGUAGUUCUAGAUACUCAGCCAGCGGAGACAUGAGCACAUGCAGCCAUGGCUCCAGGUGAGCAGAGCAGACAUUUUUCAAGGCUGUCUUUGGCUUCUGUACCCCUUUCCCCUUCUGCUCUAUCAAUGGGCUGCUGAGAGCUCAGGUGGGGAAGAAUAGGGACCAGCUGAGGAAAGUGACAGCUGGGCAAGAGACUUCUCACUUGUUGAAACUGCCUGGGAGCCCAGAGCCCCAGCCAGCAGCCUCCUUCCUCAUCCAUCUGAAUGUGUCCCCUUAAUAACCUCCCCUUGCUGCCUCAGGACCCCAAGAGCCCCAUCUCUGGGCUGGUGGGCGAGAGGCCAGCGGGGAACCAGACAGCGGCUGGGCUGAGGUGCCGCUCCUUCUGUGGAGAAGAUGGAGAACACAGGGCUAUGCCCUUUGGGCACUUCCUUAAUCUCAGGCCUUCUGCCAGCGUUCACUGCAGGGGAUUUCUUAGAAUCUGUUGGUGCUGCCAUGAGUUGGCUAACAACCAGACUGCACAGGAAGGCUGUCAGCAGACGACUCAGUUUUUUUUACACACGUCAGGUUUCUAUCACUGUUCUGCCUUUGGGAAAAGUCAACAGCCCUCUGAGACAGAUGUCAGCGGGCUUCACUCCAGGCAGGACCCAGGUUCCCAUACUGCCCUCAGCUGGGAUUUGGACAAGCUCAAGCUGAGUAAUGUCACUUUCCCACGGGAAUGUCAACCUGAUCCAUCUGCCCAUGGUCCCACCUGCUCUGCGUAGCGGGAUCUAUUGCAGGUGCACUGGAAGAAUGGGGGACACGCUUUGUGAUGGGUGAAUAGCAUCUUCUCUGCCAGACAAGUCUCCAGGGAAUCCCUAUUUGCAAACUGAAGGGUGUGACCACACAGGUUCCCAACUGAGCCGCCCUCAGCUGCUCUGAGGGGUGGUAAGACGGGGCCCUGGGCCUCCCCGACAGGGCUCCCAAGUGCAGCAAACCACCCAGCACUAGCUGCCAUGGCUCUGCAUCUAUGGCAUGUGCAGUGUUCUCACAGGCAGACCUCUCUUUGGCACACCAGCAGGAUAACCAUCUCUGAUGAGAACCAUGCUGCCCUUCCAGGCCAGAGAGCUGCCAUGCCUAUGUGGGACGCCCUUCCCAGGACAGCACCUCAGUUCAGGAGCAGGAUGCCUGGGUCUGGCAGAGGCCAGCCAAGCUAUCACGGCCCCACACUCUGCUUCUCCCGUUGUUCACAAAGCCAAGUCCCAACCACUGCCCUCAUCCCUCACACCUGCCCUCAGAGCUCAUCCCAGGGCACUAGCUCUGCAGAGAAGAAGGAGUGGCAGAAUUUACUGUCACUUCCAAAGACGUCGUGAACUGUUACCUCGCUUGCCACGGUGGCCAGUCAUGUUGACCACACACUUCCUGACCAAUUCUCUACCUGUACCCAUUGAAACCAGCUCCCUCCAGACAAAAGCUGGCACGGAAGUUGUAUGACAGCUGGUCUUUACAUUUGCACAUUCACUCUUUCCUUCCAGAGGAAACUUUAUAAGCCAGUGGGAAUAUUUAGCAACAGAAAAGGGUAAACUGCCCUUGCUUUUGACUGAGGUUCCUGUUAGCACAAACUGCAAUAAAAGGGCCCUGAGCCAGACUGCCUGGGUUCAAACCUCAGCUUUGCCACUUGCUUUGUGACCUAGGACAAGUCACUUCCCCUCUCUGAGCCCCAAUUUCCACGUUUGAGCAACGGAGAUAAUACCUUUAUCCCAGGACUGUUGGUUACAAUGGGGUGAGAUUAUGUGGGUGAGGACUACUGUAAUCCCUGACACAUAGUAAGUGCUCUACAGAUGGGAUGUUUCCCACCUAGCCACCCAACAGGACACAAAAGGGCGCUGCGAGAUGGGGAGGUGCACCACCAAAGCAGUGACUGUGUGGCUUCCCAAGCAGUGGGAAGUGUCAAGGAAACCUGAAAUGGGGUGGGGAGAAGGCUGUACCUCAGUGAGUGGCUGCCAGCAGCCCCGGGUCCUGAGGGAUGUGGGUUGCACUCGUAAGGGCAGUUGGUGAAAACAUUUUCCCAGCAUUAAAAUGGUUUCCACAACAGCUUGUGUCCUGGCUUGUCAUGUGGUCCAUGACAUGCACUGGAAAUCCAUGCCCCCCUGGGGCUUGUGAGGGCAAGUGGUUCAGCAAUGACAGUGGAUGCUCUCGCAAGGCCCGGGCUCCUUGUUCAGUGGCAGAUCCAGGGCUCCAAGAACAGGCCGAGGGAGCCACAGGCCUCACACAGCCUCACCUCACCAGGUGGGAGGGCAGAGCUGCCUGGGAGCCUGGCCCUAGCUUUUAAGACCUACCCUUUAAUACCCCUCCCCGCAAAAAGGAAAGAUAUGCUGUUAGAGGCAAAGGGAGGCUAUCAGUGGACAACAGCGGAUCUCUCUCCCGCCCGUAACAUGGCCCCAAGCCCCCCAAGGCUAAGGAACUGCUUAUUAACCCUGCUGACCUCUGUAUACCAUUUGUAAAAUGGAGAAUCCCCCUGCCAACACCUGGCAGUUGUAAGUCAGGAAGGAGGCUGGGGCUGACCACGGCGGCAGAGGCCAGUUUUCUUCUCUCCCAUCUUCUGUCUCCCCCUCCUCCCAAGGUCACCAGGGACACUGGGCAGGCAUUCCUUGGCAACACUGCUGUCUUUAAAGCAAUUUUCUAAACUUGCCCUGGGCCCAAAAGGAAG